UCACUUCCUGUGGGUCUGCAACGCCGGAGAGAAGAUGGCGGCGCUGGGAGAACCUGUCCGGCUGGAGAGGGAUAUCUGCAGAGCAAUUGAAUUGUUGGAGAAACUACAGAGGAGCGGAGAGGUACCACCACAGAAACUUCAGGCUUUGCAAAGAGUCCUUCAAAGUGAGUUCUGCAAUGCUGUGAGAGAGGUAUAUGAGCAUGUUUAUGAGACUGUGGACAUCAGUAGUAGCCCUGAAGUGAGAGCUAAUGCAACUGCAAAGGCCACUGUUGCUGCAUUUGCUGCCAGUGAAGGGCACUCUCAUCCCCGAGUUGUUGAGCUCCCCAAAACAGAAGAGGGCCUUGGAUUUAAUAUCAUGGGAGGCAAAGAACAAAACUCACCAAUUUAUAUUUCACGGAUAAUUCCAGGUGGAAUUGCUGACCGACAUGGGGGCCUCAAACGAGGAGAUCAGCUACUUUCUGUUAAUGGAGUGAGUGUUGAAGGAGAGCACCACGAAAAAGCUGUAGAGCUACUGAAAGCAGCCCAAGGGAAGGUUAAAUUAGUCGUACGGUACACACCAAAAGUGUUGGAAGAAAUGGAGUCACGCUUUGAAAAAAUGAGAUCAGCAAAACGCAGACAACAGACCUAAUCACUUAAAAAACUUAUGUUCCUUUUUGCUUUUAGCUAAAAAGGUUUUACUUGUGACCUACUGAUGGCCUCAGUGCCAAUGAUUGUAAAACACCAGAAACUUCCGUGAAAUCUUCUUGCCAUUUUAUAAAUGCCUAUUUUAGCAUCACUAUGGUUGUAGAGAAGCAUACACUUUUUUUCUCACGAGAAAAAGUAAAAGGUGAUGAGGGCAGUUCUGUCCUGCUGUUUUUACAGGCCUUUUUCAAAUGCAGAUUUUGUCACAAAGUUGUUAUAGAUUUUUAAAAAAUGCUUUUUUAAUAUUAAAAUGUACUUUUACAUUCUUAAUCUUUUUUUAAAAAGAAAUUUUCUUCAUUUGGCCACUUAUUUACAAAUAACAGAUCUCCAAUGUUUCCUUUUGCUUACUGCAAUUUCUUUGUGAAAUUUCUUCUUAGUUUUCCAAGAAACUAAACCUAACGGUCUUGCCUGCAGCAGUUUAUCACACUGUGAGUGCUGGCAUCUCUGCUGCAUUUUAUACUUGGAACAUACAUAUAAUAUCUGUAAUCAGUGGUAAAUCAUAACUAUCGUGGAACCUUUCGUUUUUAUUUAAACAAUGUAUAAUGUAUUCAUUUAUACUGAUUUGUAAAAGUAAGUUUUUAAACACUGAAGCAAUCAUUGCUAAAAUACGUAUUUCAUAAUAUUUAAGCAGUGAGGCGAGAGGAUGUAAUUUGAUUAUUAGCAUUACUGAUUAAAUUCCUUAUUUAUAUUUAACAGUAUGUUAUAAAUUAUACAUACAAAAAAGCUCAGAUUUCAACUUUUCAAAUUUUUUUAUGCUAUUCAUUUGUAUUUAAAUACAUUUCUCAUAUUUUGGUUCUUUCAUGCCGAGGGAUGAGUCAGUCAGUUUGUGCUGGGGAAAAUGGAAACAAGAGAAAGUGAUGGCUUCAGCCUCUGAAGCCUGGGUAGCCGCACAUUCUUACUAUCCCAGUGUCGGUACCCACUCUAGAUACGAAGGGAGCAUUGAAGAUCCAGCAACAGGCAGUUUCUUAAGCCUCACAAUGAGUAGGGCUCAGAAUGCUCCAUGUCUUCAUGAUUCGAAUAGUGGAGGGAAUUUGAAACAAUACUUUUUACCAUUUGUCCACUGGGUGUCACCAUUUUACUGAAAGGCAGCUAUCGAUGUGCAAUUGUGACUGGUCCUGUACAAGCUGAAAUCAAAGUUGAUUCAUUUUCAGUCACAGAUUAUAGGAACAUUUGUAAGGGGUUAAGUGAUGAUGUUGAAAAAUGUAGGAAUUUGUCAUAAUUACGACUUACUUUUUUUUUUAAAUGGGCAUUUUGUAACAUUCCUUCAGGAAGAAUGGAAAUGUGUACGUUUUUCUGCAUGUUUGUGAGCACUGUGAGUCUUACAAGAUUACUGCAGUUUUCAUUGAUUUUUCAGAGUAAAAGUCAAUCAGCAUUGUUAUUUAUCAUUUAGGAAUUGAACACUGGAUUGUGCAUGGCUGAAUGUCUUUAGUCCACUACAAAAUGUGCUUGAUAUUGAUAGGAUCAUGUUGAAUUGUAUAUUUUCAAAAUUAGCUGAUGUGUUUUUAAAAUGUUGAGACCAAAGUAGAUUAGAAGAGUAUGACAUAUUUUAAUUUAAUUGUAAAAUUAUUAGAGGUGUUUGUUUUAAAACUCUAUAUAAAGAAAGGUCUGGGUACAUAGAGAACAGUAAUACUAUUGUUGUGCUAGUAUGCCUGCAUCACAGGGCACGUAAACCCUGGGGAAACCUUGUCUUAGCAUUGCUACUCCAGCUGCAGUUGCUCCUGAGGACGCAUCGGCGUUCCAUUAUAGUUACAGCUUCCUGGUUUGUGUGUCAGCUGUUGCAGAAUCUCAGCUAAGUCACUUAUUUUUCUUGUUAAGUACUUUGAAUAAGCUCUUUUUCUGCUACAGUAAUUCACAGUAUGUUCUUUGUGUGGGCUGACACCUAUUUCUAAUUCUUAAAGUAAAAAUAACUUAAAGGAGCCAAAUACAUAGCUUUGCUUAGUACUGUGGUGCAUGAGCAGCACUAGUUUGCGUUCGUUGAUGCGAUUCUCGUAGCUCAGAAUUUUAAAUACUGACCUUAGGAAAAUUCAGUCCAAGUGUACAGUCAUCUUUGUGUACUAAGGAAGUGAAGGGAUUUUAAUCUAAUAAACGGAUGGUUUGGGAAUAAAACGAGGCAGUAAAUAUAAAAGAGGCUGUUUGUUUGAUUUGUAACUUACAAAUGAAAAUUUCCCUUAACCCCACUUUUCCAUUUAUUUUCUUAAACAUUUCAUAAUGAGUUGAGUUGGUGAUUCACAACCUUAGCUGCGUGUUAGAAUGCCCUGCAGAUCUUCUUAAAAUACCUAGGUCCCUUCCCAUAACAGUUAAUUCAAAAUUAUCUAUUGAUUGACAAUUUCAUGUGGCAAAGUUGUCUUUAGAAGCUCCUGCCUAGUUCUGAUGGACACCCAGGUUUGAGAAGCGCUAGCUCAUAGACUUUCCAAUUAUACUGGACUCUGGAAUUACAUUUAAAAUGAAGCUACUUAAAGAUUGAUUGUAUAUCUUAGUACUUCUUGAUGAACUUCAAAGGUAUUUGGCAUUCCUUAUUAACAAAAUAAUUACGAUUACCUUUAUUUUCUUUUUUUAAGAUAAAACUUACCAGUAACGCAUUUGUAAAAUUUUAGUGGUUUCUCUUUCUGCCCCCUUUCCCUUUAGAUUCUUUUAAAGGUUCUUACUUGGAAGAGCAUGUCAAAUAUUGCAGAUGUGAAAGCACUGUGAGGAAUGAUUCUGAGCCGUCUACAUACGGCCCCUUACCUGUCUGUCACUGCACUACUGCAUUGAUGUAGCCUUGCCCUUUAGGAUUUGAUGCUUCACUUCUUAAGAUCAACUUUAAGGUAUUUUGCUCAAGUACUUUGUUUACAAUUAAAAUGAAUAGGAUUUAAUAGAAGAUACAGUUAUGGCUUACCUGGAAAGCGUUGUCAGCAUGACUUGGUAUAGACUUAAAAUUAUAAUGUGAUUAUAAUGUGGAAUGAUUAUAGAUAUAUAAGGACUAUAGUAAUUGUAUUCCUGAAUAAAUGUCUGUUUGUGCAUUUUCUAACUUACAGUUCAUUGUGUCUUCUGGCAACAAUCUCAUUUUGUAGUUUUUAUUCUCCAAAAUUUAUGAGUAAUGUUUCUUCAAAGGUUGUUGAAGUAAUAAUAGUUACAUAAUGGGGGAAAUCACUUGAUUAUUAGUUUUCAAGGCAUUUAAAACUAAUUUGUAAUUGGACGUGGUUUUUAAAAAUACUGGCAAAGAUUUGAUACACUUGUACUCUUAAUUUGAGAAAAUAAUUUGGAAUGUGAUACAGUGCUUUUUUCAAUAGAUGAAUCACUUAGCAAUUAAAUUCUGAUUCUAAGGCUUAUUUGAAUAUAUUUGUAUGAGUCGUGCUUGUCCUUUGCAUUUGACACAACUGAUACAACUACAAAUAGAUGUAUUUCCGAACACUCUGUAUAAAAUAACCUUGACAUAAAGUAAAAGCGAAAUCCAUGGUUGUUCCAGAAAUGAA